UGCCGACAGCAACCCUCCACUCGCCAGUUCUCGUUUCGCCUCUCAGAAACCACCAGGUUUACCUUCUUCGCUAAGAAACACUCCAACACUUAAAAUCAUACCUUCGACGCGGGCAGGUUACAGAACAGCAAGAUGCGUCUUUACGUGCUAACUGCUCUCGUGGGUUUCUUGUUCACUGCCGGAAGUACUCUGGGCAGCCCGAUGACCUUCUUGCGUGAACAUACUCCGGAGGAUCCUGUGGAACAGGCUGUUAUUGAGGAAAAUGAAAUUGACCAGGACAUUGCACUAGUACCACCUGUGAUUGUCACGCAGAGUCGUAGCAACGGCAAAUCCAAAAGUAGAUUUCAGGGUGGAAAUAGGGAAUGGGUCCAGAUGCCAAAAAGUCCACCGGGCGCUUUGAACAUUCCUGCUAGGGCCAGAGUCGAAUUGGAAUGCGAGGCAAUUGGCAGCCCUGCUCCGCAAAUUUAUUGGCUUCACGGUGGCGAACCAUUGAGGCAGCUGGAGGAGCUCGUGGGAAAUAGCGUAGCCGAUAUGGAAGGAUCUUCGAAUACUUGGGGUGGAGUUGCCAGGACCAGAUCAAAGCUUGUCAUCGAAUGUGCAUCCCCAAGGGAUCGUGGUCUUAUCCAUUGCGCUGCCAUGUCCGGAAGUCGUACUGCCUUAUCAAAUCCUACCAUGCUUUUAGUUAAUGAACUCGAAAAGGGCAACGGCAGCAGUUGCGGCGCAGAAAGUCGACCCAGGAUAACCUUGCAUUCCCCGAUCAUGAUGGCCCCCAUAGGGUCCACCGUUGUUCUCCCAUGUCGUGCAAGUGGCAGACCUCGACCUCGCACGUUCUGGUUGGACAAUAACGAGAGGGCCAUAGUAUCAUCGACCAAUCCGCGCUACAAAGUCCUGGGAAGCGGCGAGCUGGUCAUCUAUCCUCUUGAAUGGAACGACAUGGGUGGCUUCACUUGUGUAGCAAGAACCGAUAGAGAAGAGGACGCCUCCACCACCUUCCUCUACCCGAUCUUGAACGACGACAACCAGAGCUAGGGGACGUGGUAGAGAUGCGAUGGAAACCGAAAGCUAAGAUAUUUGGGCCUCUGCAGUACUUUGUUUAGUUUUUUUUUUAAUUAAUUAAUAAUUUGAAAUAGCUAGGUCGUAAUUAGUUGACUGUGCAGUGGACCGAUUCCGCAAGUGCACUGCUGUAAAAGAGAAAUUAAUGCUCGAGCUGCAUUCGUCGUGGAAAUCAACGCUACGAAUCGUCUAGUCACUAAGUAUUAGGAAACUUUAUUUGUUAAGAUCGUACAGCCUCGUUAACUUAAUUAUCAUUUAGGGGGAGAGAAAGAACGUUACGCUCUGCUUGAUACAUUUAUAGAUAUAUGUAUAUACCAACGAAGCUUGUUUUACGGUAUACGUAUAGAUAUAUAUGGAUGAUAUAUUUAUUUUACUUAUAAACAUAUUACACGUAUAUAUAAAGAUAUGUAUACACGGUGCUUCUUCGCUUCGUUGUUCCUCAAAGUGCAAUGCGCACCUCGUGGACCUGCUAAGGUCGCCGAUUAUAUUUCUCUUCACCGAUUUCCCAUCGCUAAGAAAACCCGUGUACUUACCAGCGAAUAAAUGCAUUUUCUCAUACUCGUA